AUCAAUCUGCGAAAAUGACCAAAAAUAAGCCCAAAUUUGGAGCUUUGCCGAAGCUGAACAUGCCUAAGAAAAGUCAUGAAAGCAGCAAGCCUUCACGACGUCCUGAACGUUCGGUUGUAAAAUUUAACGAGGGGCCUUUACCACACAGCUGCUACAAGGGAUUUUCAGAGCUCUGCCAACGAGUUAAAAGCCUAAAAAGCCUUGGUGAUUGGAGCCUGAAGAUCUUUGAGGACAAAAUUGUGCUGAAGAAAACCGUGCAUCCGUACGUUCUGCCACGUUUGGAAAUUAUUAUGGAUGACAGUCUUGGCUUUACUGUGAAAGUAUUUGGUUCCUAUUUACCUGAAGAUCAUCCUUUGUACCUGGACUAUCGUAGAACAGUUCGAAAUAUUACUGUAUCUAACUUAAUAAGGCAACUGAAAUUCGUGAUGACUAACAAUUUUUUUUUUACUUGUAAUCCAACAUUAACAAAUUAAAUGUUGAAUGCAAUAUUCAGAGAAGUCACCACCGGUUGCUGGGCAAUGAAAAAUUUUAACAAAUAAUGUAUAAGGCAGGGAAUUGAACAAUUAGUAAGAUAUUUCAGUUCUAUGCUAGUUAUAGUAGUUGGGCACAGGGAGAAGGAAGGGGGAAUCCCCAGCCCACAGCCCUCAGUGACUGCCCCGAAUAUUAUUAAUUUUAAGUUUACAGUAUUUUUGUAUCACUUUUUUUUGCUACAAGGUUCCCAGGAAAAGGUCUCUCAAAUUCAUGAUGACUAACAAAAACAUUUCUUUUUUUUACUUUUAAUCCAACAUGAACAACCAGGUGUCUUGUCUUUAUUAUAGUACAUAAAAUAAUUGUCCUUCAGAAGGCAUUUCCCAGGAUAAUUUCUCUAUUGCACUAAUUCUGGGUUAUCUUAACUCAGCUUUUAACAACCUGGCCCAGGACUCUAAACAUGUCAUGCACAGGACUUUUCGUGGCAUGGUAAAUUCGGCUUUACAUUGUAUGUGAACAGUUCUUAAUUGAAAUGUUCUUGAUAAUUGAUACAUGUAAGUAUCAAUAAAAUAAUUAACAAAUUUUUUACAAUGCCAUGUUUUACUUAGGAU